UCACUAUUCCGCAUUUACAGAUUUAACCGGUCUUCCAACAAUCUGUUGCUGUGUCUAGCGUACUGAGCCGAAUAAGACUGAUUUAACAACUGUUAUCAACUCAUCUGUUGGUCUUUGUAUUUUCAUCUUUACACUUUUGUGGACGUGAUGCAGUCUAUAAGAAGAUUUUUCCGCUCUUCCUGGUCUUCAUCACAGAGGCUGGAUGGUAAAACUGUGGUCAUCACUGGAGCCAACACUGGCAUUGGCAAAGAGACAGCCAUUGACCUGGCAAAGAGAGGAGCAAGAAUCAUCAUGGCCUGUAGAGACAUGGAGCGAGGUCAAUCUGCUCUCAAAGAAGUCAUUGAAAGCUCAGCUAAUGAAAACGUAGUCUGUAUGAAACUAGACCUGUCAGACACCAAAUCCAUAAAAGAGUUUGCUGACAAUAUUAAUAAAGGAGAGGAGAAACUCAACAUCCUCAUCAAUAACGCUGGUGUGAUGGUGUGUCCGUACGGGAAAACUGCAGAUGGAUUUGAGAUGCAGUUUGGAGUUAAUCACUUGGGUCACUUCCUGUUGACAUAUCUCCUGUUGGACCUGGUUAAAAAGUCCGCCCCUGCCAGAAUCAUCAAUGUCUCAUCGAUGGCGCAUCAGUUUGGCUCCAUAAACCUGGAGGACAUCAACAGCGAGAAGAGUUACGACAAACAAAAGGCCUAUUCGCAGAGCAAACUGGCCAAUGUUCUCUUCACACGCUCAUUGGCCAAAAGACUGCAGGAUACUGAUGUGAGCGCAUAUUCUCUCCAUCCGGGCGUGGUGCAGACGGACUUGUGGAGACACUUGAACGGGCCACAACAGUUUGUGAUGAAGGUGGUCAGUCCAUUCACGAAGACCUCAACAGAAGGAGCCCAGACCACCAUUUACUGUGCAGUGGAACCCUCCCUGGAGAACGGAGGAUACUACAGUGACUGUGCCCCAGCUAAGUGCUCAGCAAAGGCCCAGGACGAUGAACUGGCCCAGAGGCUGUGGGAGCUCAGCUGUCAGUUGCUCUCCAUCAACUGGGAAUAACCCAUAACAGACCCAAAUCUCUCUGCUCUAUAUCUUGAAAUACACCAGUUCACUCUCAUUGUCUCUGCUUUCCUUUAGUUACAUUUGAAUACAGUAUUUAACUACUAAUUUAGAAACUGGAAGCAUUAGUUUUAUAGAUAGUGCUAACAUUAAAGAUGCACUAUGCAACUUUUCUGGUUGAGAGUCCGCUUCCUGGAGAUGUUAUUGCUCUGCCUGGAAUCUUCCACAGUCAUUAAACUUGUCUAUUUCUACAGACACACGAUAAAUCGUUAGAUAGUUAGAUCAGUGUUUUUUUGGGGGGGGUUUUGCCACCAGAUCAAAACCAGGUCUAUAACCAAACUAAUCAGGUCUAAUCUAAAAGUGGAUAAAUACUUAGACCCACAGACUAAAGAGCUGUCCAAGUACCACAUAAAGGAGCACACAUAUCACAAUUUGAGAAACACUCUGUGGAGAGACGAUCUCACUCACAAUAAGAAUACAGGUUUUUCAAUUUAUUUUUUAACAAUAAGAUAUCUGUAAUUGAAUAAAUAUAAGAUAGAUCAAUUUAAUGCCAUACUGUGAAACAUUCCGGGCAAAGCAAAAAUUUAUAUAAACAAUUCAUUCUUCAUUAUGAUAUAAAUGUGUAACUUUUAAACUCAGUGAGCAAAGUAAUAGAAUUGUCUUACUCUUAAAAGCACUUUUAUUGAUUGUCUGAAAGAAAUAUGUUAACAAUUACCUGGAGUUGUGUUUUGUUUCUUUCACAUAUCUUGGGCUGAGUUCAGAAAACACUCUGUUCCACCUUGUGAUUAGAUGUAAUAAUACAGGAAGUGCUCCACUGUGUUCUCCUUACACCUUCACUAGAAUCAUUUGGGCAAUUUCAACCCUGGAACUGCCAGUCUCUACCAAAGAAAAGGUGAACGGUAGCUGUUAACAUGAAAUCUAUCGCUUUAUGGCAUCAAGGUGGACGAGAACAUUUUGAGUUUUGGACAUGUAGACAGAUUAUUAAUAAAAAGUUACUCAAACAUGCAUGAAUGAAACAAAACACAACUCCAGGUCUGUUUUUCAUGAGGUAACAUAAUUUUAACAUGGCUUAUAGCUCACAAGAGUCAACUUUGCGUAAUGUGGGACCUUUUAAUAUUUAUAAUUAGAGCAGAAAUUAUAACUGGAUUAGAUCUGUUUUAUGUAGGGAUUGACAUUGUUACACUGGACUAUAAACCAUGCAUCUUUGUUAGCAUAGGUCAUACAAUCUACUCAAUUAUAAGAUGCGACAACUCCUGAAAGACGUAGCCAAUAUGAACUGCUUGUUUUAGCUCAAUGUGUAUGCGACAAGUGCCUUUAAAUUAUGUAUUUAACAAAGUAAGUAAAGUAAAUAUGUAUGACAGUAUCUUAUUUAACACUUCACAGCUGUUAGUUUAUAUAGAGUAAUAAACAUGUGAUAAGUUAGUUUCACCUUGGCGACCUUGUCUCUGAUAAAGCAAUUAAAAGAUAACAUUGUAAUGAAUGUACUUGGACAUCAAAGGUGGAUGGAAAAAGAUGGAUUGCAAAAAUCUGUUUUAUAAUAGUGUAUUCAGGGAUAGGAAAAUAUAGUAGGAGCAAGGGGAAAUAGUUGAGUAACUUUCCUUCUGCUUGAAUAGUAUAUUUCAUAAUGCAAUGUUUGACUAAUGUUUCGGUUACAUUUUGGUUGCUAACUGCACACAUUCACCACAGCAAAAUACUAGACUAGACCAGAACAGGACCAAUCCAAGUCUACAUUAGGACUAAAUUGGCUCAAUUUAGGACCAAAUAAGAACAAGUGUGAACCUACAAGUGACAAAAAUGUUAUGCUGACUAUAUGAAAUCAUUUAACUUGUAGUUUCUGCUUCAUUUCUAACCAUUUCUUAUGGUCUAUCAGGUUCUGUGCAUUAUUGAAUGUUUCGUCCAUCCUGCUCAGCUUGGCAUAACACAACUUGUGCUUUCUUUGGAAGCUGUCAACUUUUUUACAUUUACUGUUUUAUCAUUUUUUAUUGUUUUACUUUGUAUCUGACUGAGUUUCUUGUUGUGAAGCACACUUUUUAUGGUUGUUUUUAAAUGUGCUUUACAAAUACUA